AUGCCUUUCAAUUUACAAAUCCCAGGCUUCCAAGUCACUUCUGAUGCCUUAUUUAUCAUGGCAGAUUCUGGCCAAGUCCCUAAAAUAGUUCAAGCCCCAAGGCAGCUGGAAAAAGAAGAUCUACAUAAGCUAAUUCCAACUGAAUGGGUGACAAAUUAUGAGAAACUUCAUGCAUCUCAAGCCAAGCCUGUUCAGGCUACUGAUCCUCUUUUUGUCACACAAAAGGAUGGUACUGUGAAAUUUUUUUUUACAAAAUCAAAAAAAUCUUCUUCUGCUCCCUUUAUUUUUCAGGCUUCGAUAAUUCAACCUGUGUCCAGACCUAGAAAGAAGAUCCCCAUUCAUUCUUUCCAAUCCUCUAGACAUCAUAUCUACACAGCAAGGAUUAAGAGACAUUUCAUCUGGGAUGUUGACCCAGAAAUGUGUACACUAGGCUGCACCUGCAAAGAUGACAUUGAUUUUGCUAAACCAUGUUCUCAACACCCUAGGAAAACCUCAAGAGCCAUGUCUCCAGAGACUCUGUGUUCAGUCAAGAAACCCAGGCAGGAUGACCGAGAUCCAGACAGUCCUUAG